AUGUCUGUUCCCAAUUACUCGUCGACCGCGAAGAGGGCGACUGUCAAUGGCGCCAACAACCACCGCACAAAGAUUUUGCUGCUCGGCCUGCGCAGAGCGGGCAAGACGUCGAUCCAGCAGGUGCUGUUCAACAACCUGCCUCCGAACCAGACGUUCUAUCUCGAGACGACGAUGCGGAUCGUGAAACACCAGAUAGACACGGUGAUCCCGCUCGAGCUGUGGGACUGCCCGGCCAACACGACCGUCGAGUCGCUCGGUGCACCGCUCUCGCAGUUUUCAACUAUCAUCUUUGUGAUUGACAUACGCGACCUGUACAACCAGCCGAUAUCUAAGCUGGUCGAGUUCAUCGUCGCCUCCUAUGCGGAAAACCCCAACAUUAUCCUCGAGGUAUUCGUCCACAAGGCAGAGAAGCUCCAGGAAGACGACAAAAUAGAAAACUUUCGUCAGAUUCAUGAGCGAGUGUCUGACCGGCUGCUGGACAUGUCGCCCGAGUACGAGCAGAUGCAGCUCAAUUUCCACCUCACCUCUGUCUACGACCAUUCUCUGCACGAGGCAUUUUCUCGCGUCCUCCACAAACUCAUCGACUCUCUUCCUUUUCUUGAAGAGCUCCUCAACGUCUUUUGUGCGAACUCGCAAUCACCUAAAGCUUUCCUCUUCGACACCCGUUCGCGUCUCUAUGUUGCUACAGACGCGUCCCCCGUCGACUCUGCUACCCACAACCUUUGCUGCGAUUAUUUACAGAUGCUCAACUCCUUUGGCCCGCUCUACAAGUCAAUAACAGCAACACCCUCACGGCAGCGACAGCUCAUAUCUGGCACAUCCAUACCCGUCCCAGCUACACCACCGCCCUCUUCCAUCUCCUCCAUCUCCUCCCGUUCCCUGCGGCCCGCAGCUACACCCUCCAGCACCAGCACCGCAGCCUCCGCCUCCACACCCUCCUCUUCCUCUUCCAACCCUUCAAAUUCGAAUUCCAACGCCAGAACCAACGCCUACAGACCACCACCACCCACCAACGGCUCCUCAAGCCUCCUCGCCCCCAUCCCACCGACCCCGCCAACGCCCACCACGCCCCGCGCAUCCGCCACCACGUCGCCUGUGCACACAAACGGAAAAACGGCUGGCAACAAGGAUAAAGAUAGGGAUAAGGAUAGAGGUGUGGGUGUAGGACCGGGAUCGGGAACGGGUUCGACCACAGUUACACCGACGACCGUGACGCCUACGAGGCCUUCUGUCCAUGGAUCAUAUUUUCCGCCUAUGCCGACUCCUCCGCCUUCUACUUCUACUUCGACGACGGGACGCACGGGUAUGGUGACGUCACCCCCGGGGCCUAUCCACCCGCCUACGACGAGUCUCACUGUGAAUGUAUCGCCCGACUCAAAUGGAUCGGGAUCAGGUUCAGGUGCGUCGGGGAUAGGAACAGGGAAGAGGAAAGAUAAAGAUUUAUUUUAUCCUUCUGCUUCGACGACACUUUCGUCUUUCUCGUUUUCAUCUUCCUCUUCGUCUGCUUCGGCGCCUGCGUCUGCGAUGGGUGCGGGCCAUUCGCAUUCGCAUCGGCAUGGGCAUGGGUCAAGGCAUGCGAGCGCGCAUGGACACUCGCAUUCGCAACUGCCAACCGCGCUCUCGGCAUCUUCGACAUCGCUCUCGCGCACACCUGUGCCAAACGGACACGGGCACCACAUCACCCCCUCGCAUUCGCACUCGCACUCCACCAACACCCCCACAAACCCCUCCACACCCAUAACAACCGCCCCUGCUUCCCAACCUCCAAACCCAGGCACAACAACACUCACAUACCACCUCAUCACACAACACCUCGCGCUGCUCGCUUUGAUACCCGCGCAUGUGUACACGGAGAGGAGGGGGCUGGUGGAGUAUAAUGUUGUGUUUUUUAGGGAGGGAGUGCAGGAGAUAUGUGAGAUUGAGGAGGAGGCGAGGGGGGUAUGA